AUGGGUGACAACACUGACGACUACUCAUACGACUAUGAGUACCUCUACAAAAUCGUCCUUAUUGGAGAUCUGGGUGUAGGCAAGUCCAAUCUUCUUUCUCGUUUUACUAGAGAUGAAUUUAACCUCGAAUCAAGAUCCACCAUUGGUGUGGAAUUUGCUACCAGAACUUUAGAAAUUGAUGGUCGUCGAGUUAAAGCUCAAAUUUGGGAUACUGCUGGUCAGGAGCGGUACCGGGCCAUCACCAGCGCAUACUAUCGUGGAGCGGUGGGGGCGCUUAUUGUGUAUGACAUUCUGAAAACGGAGUCUUAUGAAUCGGUUUCUCGGUGGUUGAAGGAGUUGAAAGAACAUGCCGAUACCAAUAUUGUCAUUGAGUUGGUGGGAAACAAGAGCGAUUUGGACCAUUUGCGUGCUGUACCCACAGAGGAGGCCAAGCUGUUUGCUAACGAGAAUAGUUUGUUGUUCACCGAAGCGUCGGCGUUGUCGUCCGAUAAUGUGGAUUUGAGUUUCCACCAAUUGUUGAAAAACAUAUACGAGAUGAUCAGCAAACACCAGCUUGACACGAACGACCAAGGAGCACAGAAACCUUCGGGACCUACCAUUUCCUUGACCCCUGCUCCGCAAGAAAAGAAAGGAAAGAAUAACUCCAACUGUUGCUGA